AGCGGCCAGCCGGGGGCGCCGUGGGCGCGGCCGGGCCGCCCCGCUGGCCCCGGCCCGUUGGUGUGACAACGGCGCGCGCGGUUCCGCCUGAGGCCCCGCGGGGGACGGACGGGGAGCCGGGAGCGACACCGGGAGCGACACCCGCCGCGCCUGGAAGCUUGGAGAUGCCAGUUCUUCUGGAAGCAGGCCCGGCCAGUCAGCUGCGAUGAGCCACGAGUUCUCAAUGGGACGGCAGUGACAUGUUCACAGAGAGGAAGGCUGUAAACAGAUCUUCAAGGCCAAGUAGGUUUGAAGGAAUUCUAAUUGUUGAGAUUAUGGUUCUUUGAAGGUGUGCUUAGCCCACCUUUUGGAUGAAGGAAAGAAGAAGACAAGGUCCUCUAAGAAGAGUAAAAAGUGCACUGUAAAUAGGCAUUCAGAAAUGUUUGCUGAUGCCAUGCCAUCACCGAGUAAUCAGCAGAAAUGUGUUGGAAAAUCACCCGUCAGUGACUUCACAAAAACACCACAGUCAGACAGACAAUCUACAACUUUUCCAGAGACAUGGGGAAAUGUAGAUGCAAGUUCAGCUGAGAAAGUCAGAGGCCUGCCUGAUGUAGUUGCAGCACCAGGCUACAGAAUCCUCAUUUCUUCCUUGGCAGUUCCUGAGGAAACAGGCAGCAGUACAUGGAAGUACCUGGCAGAACGGCGGCAAAAGCGCCACUAUGCAGCAGUGACCGAAAUGCAGCAGGAGCUGGACUGCAUUGGCAGGGAGAUGGAAGCCUCUGUUUUGAAUCUUCAAGAAUCCCUUCAGCUUGAAGUGAUGAAAUCAGAUGAAAAGAGUAAACUUCUGCUUGAAAAGAUUGCAUCUGACAUGGCUUUGGAAGGUUUCUCAUUUGAAGGUUUGAAAGAACUCUGGAAUAUGAUCCAUGAGGAGUCCUCAAACAGAAGGAAGUGGAUUAGGGCAGUGGACAAAUCCCUGAAGGAGAUUGAAAGGAGUCGAGCCAUGAAAAUAGCAGAUGUACUGACCAAGUAUACUGUGAAACUGGAGGAAAUUGCCUUCUUCUUGGCAGCUGAUGUUCACAAGCUCAUUAACAAUAAGGCCAUGAAUAUAAACAGAGCACUGCUGGGUAAUGAGAGGGCAACUGCCAAGCUGCUCUUUAAUUUAAUGAAAUCAGAGCUUGAGAAAGAAAAAUUGCAUCAACUGAAAUGGCAAGAGAGAGUCGGGGACUGGAAGCUCAUCCAAAAGAACUCUGUAGUUCAGAGUUUCAGAGAAUUUAUGGCAAGUGAAGAAAUACAGAAUCCCCAAGCUGUGAAAAUGGAAAUGGAAAAUAUGAUAAAGGAGCAGAUUGUACUCAGUGAGCAGAGACUGAGGGUUUUGCAGCACAUUAGCGCCUUGUUGCCUCCAACACAUAAAAAAUCUGACAUAAAUGACUGGUACACAACUCUGGAGAAUUUAAACAAAAGUAUAGACACCCAUAAUGCAGAGUGUGUGGAGAAAAUGCAUGUCCAGUACGAGCUGGUCCAGGGCAAAUGUCAGGAAAAAGUGCAGACCUGCAAGAUGACCCUGUUGGAUAUGAACAUUUGCACAGUAGAAGAUGUUGAACUUGUGAAUUCCAACAUGCUUCAGAUGACUGAGAAACUAAGAAAUAGGUUUGAACGAGAACUGGAGCACAUGGAUAGUGAUUUUAAGGAGAUGGCUAAAUGGCACGAGCAGCACUGUCAAGGCUUGUACAGCUGUGUUCAGGAGGCCAUGGAUCUCUGGGAUGUCCAUCUGUCCAAACUGUCCCAGCAGGAAGAUGUACUUCAGAAGAAAGUAGAUGAAUACAGAUUGCAAAAGGAUAAAAUAAUACAGGUGAUGAAAGAUGAUCUGGAUACAAUUUUGGAAAAAAUGAAAAUGGCCAGCUGUGAAGAAGAGAUAGAGGAAUAUUUGAAGAAUGCCCUUUCUUCUUUAGAUCAAAUUAGAACUAGGAAUGAGACAUUGAAGGAGAUUGUAAUGAAUGAAGUAAUGGCUUAUCCAAAAGCUAUUUUGUGGGAGUUGAUUUCUUACAGUAUCUCCAUCAGCCAGCAUUUUAGUGUGAAGGAAAUCUUCAAACAGAACUUGCAAGGCACGACAGACUCCACAGUUCAAGAUCAAGAUAAUACCUCAACAGUCCAAACAGGGCUCGAGGGAAGGACAUCCCAGCCCAGAGCAGAGAAGGAUGAUCACCUGUCUCAACUGGUGACAGAAGAUAGGGGCAGUUGUGAGAAAUCAGCUGGAGAAACAAACCUAACACAGAAACAGGUGAUCUUGGCACAGGAAAUUGAAGAAACAGAGGAAGAAGAAAAGGAGAGUAUUCCUCAUAAAAGCGAAGAAAAUGAGCAUGCAGAACAGGGACUAAUGUCUCAGAGCAGCGAGGGAGAAAGUGCUGAAAUUGUCACAGAGGUUUUUUCCACUUCUAGUGGAAACACUGUUCUUGGAGUUGAAGAGACAGGAGAGACUGACAUCAUAGAGAGUGAUUUUACAAAAUAUGAAAAAGAAGGAUCACUUCCUAUGUACCUGAAAUAUGUACUUCUCACAGAAGCCACAUUUGUUGAACUGAAAAAAAGGAUUCGCCUCUGCUUUUUUAAGCACUUGGAGGAAUGGUUUGCAGAAUCCUUGUCCAACUCCUAUGUCUUUGUAGCUGCCAAGAAAGAGGAGCUGAAUUUAAUACUUCUGCUGCAUCUUAAGUUGCAUCAACAAAAGCAGGAGGAGAUACAGACAAAUAUCUACAAAGUUCGAGCUGCGGAGCUGUCACUUCACAAAGAGCACCUUGAGUGCCACUGUGCAGUGCUGGCAGAAGGCCUGAAAAAGGAGAAAGAUGAAUUCCUCAGAUUUUCAGAGCAGCUCAAUAACCUCAACACGAACUUUCAUUCCCAAGUCCAUAACUUGGAGUAUGACUUGCUCCACGCUCCUGUGACUGAGCAGUUAACUUCUUCCAGCAAUAAUCUGGAAUCAGAGCUCCACAACCAUCUGGAAUCAAUCAGGAUUACUGUGAGAAGUUACCAGCAGCACUUGGAGGAAGCUUUAGGAAAAUUAAGGGACUCAAAUGUGGGGUUUCUCAAAAGUUGCAGGUUAUUUUCAGAGGGUGGUGACUGUGCAUCUGAGGAGGUAAAGUUUUUCAAUGAGUGUCUUCAGAAUGAAAGUAAGCAAAUUGACUCCUUUGAAAGGUCAAUCAAGGCAGAUGUGGAGAAAAUAAAAUCGAGCUGCUUGGAGAAGGCUACUGAACUUUUGAAGCAGUCUGGAAAAAAGUUUGCUUCUCUGUCUCUGGGUCGAGCCUUUAUGGAGAAGGUCCAUCAAUAUUUGAGAAAGCUACGACAGCAAAUCAAAUCAGAGGUAGCGAAUUCCAAUUUGCAGUCAGUCACAUUAAAGUCUUACCUGGAAAAGCUCCAGCAGAAGAGAGAUGCUUAUGUUCGUUCUACUGCAGAUAAAGAAGUAACUUCUAAUCACCAGGAAAUGGCUUUAACUUCUGAAGAGUUGUAUGCUUUUGCCAGAGAGGUGUUGGAAGAGCUGAAAAAGAGGAGCAAGUAUCUUGACUGCUUUGUAGUAAAGGCAAAGAUUCCACGUGCUGCUGAGGCCUUCACCCCUCCUGACACAGAUGGAGCAUUGCAAGAGCACUUAGCCACUCCCGACGUGGAUCGGAGGUCACAAGAUGUCAUUGCUCCUGCUGCUCCAAAGGAGAGUCUCAGAGAGGAGAGCAAAAGGAUGGUGAUGGGACUGGAUCCUGACAAAUUCCCUUUGUUAAAUCCAAGUGGAUUGGAUGCAUCAAUUUUUGAUGAUUUGGCAAUAAAAGUUAUUGGAAAUUUAGCUGGAUUUGACCCAUCAAAAAAAUAUCGAGACCUAAAUCGGGGGAAAAAGAAUCCAGUAAAGAAGAGGCUAUCUGAUACAAAUUCUCAGAAGUCUACUAGCAAGAGGUCAUCUCGGGAUGAGACCAAACGAAAAAAAAGUGAAAAAGGCAGAAAAUCUCUUACCAAGGAUGACAGAUCCCAGCUAUUUGGAAAGAAGGCUGCAAAGUCUGAUACUUUUAAAGGGAUUAUUAUGGAUAUUCUCUGGAAUGGUAACAACACCUUGCUCUCCCUUGGUGAGGAGUUCUAUGGAGAAAAGAAGAAUCCUUACUUGGGAAUGCUUGAGGAUCUGCCAGACACAUUUGAACAUUGGGCAGAAAUGCUCAAAGUGAAACUACUGUCAUACCAAAGGCAGACAGAUGAUUACUACAAUUUCUGUCUUAGAGAAUUUCGGGAUCAGCUGAAGUGCUUUGAGGAGGAGCUCUCUUCUGUUUCCCAACUGGUCGUGGAAAGUCUUUUAAAAGAACAUGAGCAGAAACUCAGCUCUUUUACUGGUCAUAUUCAGCAUCUCUUCAACAGACAGCUGAAAGAUUGGGAGGAUGUGAAGACUACGCACUGGAGAAAAUUACAUUACUCCCUAGGACACCCAAAUAACUCCCUUCAGCUGGAGGCUUUGUGCCAAGAGGAAAUAAAAAGGCAAAAAGAUCAAACUGAUGGUGUUCACCUCAACACAAAGAUGCUACAGGAUUGUGCUGCUGAGUGUGCUCAGAGCUUUUUUUCUGCACUGGCUGCCCUCACUGAAAAGCUCCUGUUGGAACUAGAUGAAACCAUCACUGUUGAUGAUGUAAAAGUAGCAGGAACUGAAAUACCUGCAGAGAAGAUGCCAACUUUAAUGUGUCGUAAACAGACUGAACUUCCUCUGGGAGCCUCCAAAGUUCAACAGUUAGUCAAACGAGGAAGGAGGUCUUGGCCAGGAAUACCUGAGACUACUGUUCCUGACACUCCAGACUAUAUUCUUUGCAGAGGAACUGCAUCAGUUUCAACAGCUACGACUACCCUGGCCCAUCUGGCAGUGGUGGAUGCAAGACAAGCUGCAUAUAAGAAAUACAAAAGUAAGGUUGAACAGCUGUUUGCCCAGAUCAAGGAAGAAAAUGCAGCUCAGCUGCUGGCAAUUCAACGUUGGAAAGAUUGGUGGAAAGAUUCUGUCUGGAAGAUAAAGCGACUCUACGUCUGAGAUCAGUCGCAUUUUGCUGAGCUUUGUUGGUGUAAAUUGACACAGUUAUGUGAAUGUCACUGAUAUUUUUUCUUUUAUCUUAUUCAUCUGUUGCAUUGAAAGAAGCUACAUUUUGCCAUGUUUUUGUUUGUUUUGCCAUGUUAUCACUCGUUUCCUCAUAUGCAGUCUUAAGACUACUAAUAUGCUCAUCUUUACAUUACCACCUGGUUUGGCUUACAGUAUCACCUGUUACCAUUCACAUGUGUUUGUGCACAUGAACCCUCUGUGCAAGGGCACUUAAUAUAUAUUUAUUAGCAGAGUUUACAGAAUUGUGUUGCAAUUCAACCCCUGAGAGCUGGUUUGGUCUGAAAGCUCCCCAAGGCAUGAAUGAGAACCAUCCCUAACUGAGCACCCUUGCCCAGGCAUCUCUGCACAGAGACCUCUGAUUGGAAAUGGCCAGCCUGAAAAAGAAACACAUUUUAUGUUGUCUUGUUUCAACAAGCUUUGACUUGCCUACCUUUCCCAUUCCUUGCCUCACUUCUCCUACCUUGUGUUGCCUACCCUUACCUACCACUUUCUUUCAUUACCAUGCUUUGCCUGCCCCUCCCUUGCCUUGCCUUAUCUAUCCCUCUCUUGCCUUUCCUUCCCUUCCUCUCCUUUGCCUUGACCCUCUUUUGCCUCUUACUGUCCUUGCCAUGCUUUGCUCCUCCCCUUCCCCAUUCUUUCCCCUCCCUCUUCCCUUCUCCUGCCUUUAUUGAUGCACCCUUCCUAUGCUACUCCCUUGCCUGGCCUUGCCUUUCUUUACCUUGCCCCUCUGACUUACCCCUCCUUGCCUUUCCCUGCCUCCAUCUUGCCCCUCCUUUGCCUUUCCCCUCAUGUGUUUUCUCACCUUGCCUCUCCAUUGUGUUGCCUUGCUUUUCCUUGCCCACCUGGGCACACCUGGGCUCCUGCCCAGCCAUUGGCACCAGGACCCCCAGGGCCUUUCCCAACGAGGACUUUGAGUCACUCUGCCCCAGCCUGGAGCUGCAGGGGUUGUUGUGCACAAAGUGUAGGGAUCUGGCACAUGGCCUUGUUGGCCCUCACACCACUGGUGUUGGCCCAUCAAUCCAGCCUGUUUGGGUCCCUCUGCAGGGCUGUGUUGGGGUGGUUUUCUAUUCCCUGGUAAUCUGUUCUAGACCGAGAAAUAGUUGCUAUAGCUUUAAGGUGGGUCCAGGGGAGGGGGGAGCCUCGGGGGUCUUCAAUGGGCUUUAUUCAAAGCCUCACUGCCCAGGCAUCUGUCAGGCAUUCUGGUUUCCUUUUUUUGCUUAGCUAGCUUGGGUUUUGUUAGCUUAGGCAAAAAGUUGGUUUUCUUCCCUUUCCCUGGCCUUGGAGACAGCAGCAGCAAUCCUUCAGUGGUUUAUUUCUUUAAUUGGAUGGUUUAAUUGGUUCAGUUUUGGUUUUAGAUCAGAGAGGACAAUCAGUGGGAGAUGAAUUGGCCAGGAACCAGCAGGAAGGCAAGAGGCCACUCCAUCCCAGCCCCAGACCUCAGAAAAGCUGAGGGAACAAGAAGGACACCAAAUCCACCAGCUUCAUCUGCUGUGAAGAGGAGACCCAUGCAAGAUAUUUACCAGAUUCUCAUCUGUUUUACCCAAGCUGCUGCAUGAACCCUUUGGGAUUUUUUCCAUUCUCUGAGACAGGAGACACCACCAUUUUUGUUCUCCCCACCACAUUGCGGCCAACAUUGUGGGUGUUUUCUUUCUUUCCCUGGCAUUUGGUUUUUCUUUUGUUCCAGCGUGGGUGUGUGUAUGAGGGGAGGGGAGGGGAGGAUAAGCUCUGACAAUUCAAUAUGUAGCAUUUCUUCUGUUUUUGUCCCCCGUGCUGGGCUCUGUCAAGGCCCCUGGACAUGAACGCUGGCCCUUUUGCCUGGAAAACAAAACUCACCCCACCACUGUUGAUGCCAAUAUGGAGGAGGUGUUUGGCACUGCAGGGCAGCCCAAGCUGUAGGUGGUGGCAGGUUGUCUGUGUGAUACAGGGUAGGAUACAAAUCACUGUUGCCUCAUUUUCUCUUUGUGAACUACCAUGAACCAGGAUUUUCUAGAAAGGAGCUGCUUUGCCUCUGUCGCAAACUCGCUUUUUUGCUGCCAAUUAUUAUUCCCAGCUGUGUGUAGUAUUUUAUCACCUUAUUGAAUUACGUCCUCUUUAGUUCAGAUCUUUGUUCCCACUCAUCAUGAUUUGUUCAAUUCCAGUUAGAUCUUUCAAAGUGAUUACAGUGCUCACCUGGACAGGAUAUCCUCCACAAAUACGAGAAAAAUAUUCCAUAUCCUAUUCCCUCACAGAAGCAGUUCAGGACUCAAGAUGUAAGCAUCUGGAGGGCUAACUGCAAAAUUAACUUGAUACUACUUUGGAGUGCCAUUUUCUAAGCAUUUCAAGCAAGUUUUGUAUAGCCAGUGCUCAUUAGUAUUAGCCGAUAUAUUGUCAGAAGCCUUGCUGCAAUCAAGAUUCCAUAAUUUGGUUUUGAGAUGUUAUUGUUGAUUGUUAUUAAUCUUAUCAUCCAAGGCCUUACAAAUAAUUUGCUUAAUAAUUUCUUCCAGUAAUUUGGAAGAUACAAAAUUUUGUGUGAUAAAGGUGAUUGGCCUCUGAAUUCUCAUCCUUUUUUGAUUUAGGGUAGGCACUGUUUGCUUUUUGCUGGUCUCAUGAAACUUCAGUAUCUUUUUCUGAAUUCUUGAAGGGAAUUGCUAAUAGCCUUCAAAUUACUUAACCAUUUUCCUAAAUGUUUUGUCUAAAAUUGCAGAUUAUUUUUGUAAGCAUUUUAAAUAAAUUGUUUCUGUAGUUCA